CGUGAAACCGAAACGUGACCACUGUCCACCACACCACCACAACCUGUUCUAAUUCUAAUAAAUUUCUUCCUUAAACGCCUACUAGAAGGUUUUAAAACAAAAAUGACAAAAAGUACGAAAAAGCUUACAAGUUUUGAUUUAAUUCCAACAAUUAAAGAUUCAGAAGAAAUUCCUAACUAUUCUGAGGAUUCAGAUGUAGAAGAAGAGUUUCAGCCAAGCAGACAGAAAAAUAAGAAGAAAAAAGACUUUGACCCAGAUUUUCACUUCGCUGGCAGUACAUCAGAGUACAACAAAGAUGUUUGGAAUGAUUUAACAAAAUAUAUAAAGAGAAAAGCUAAAUCCAAAGUUGAUGAUAAAAUAUUAAAAGCAAGGAAAAAAUUGAAAAGUGAGGGACACAGUGGCGGAGAAGACUCUGAAAGUGAUGUAGAAAUAAAGGAGGAACCUCAGAGUAAUGACGAACUGUCGCUGUCUGAAGAUGAGUUGAAAAGAGAUGAUAUCAAACUCAAAGAAAAGAAAAUAGGUAAGAAGAAGUUAAAAAAGAUGAAACUUAUGGAAAAUGAUGACAAAAGUGAAAAACAAGAAGACUUUUUUGAAGACGCUCCUCCCUUUGAUUUGAAUGCUUCAUUUUAUCAAAUGAACUUAUCAAGACCUCUGUUGAAGUCAAUAGGUUCAAUGAACUUCACAACACCAACACCCAUCCAGGCAGCCACUAUUCCAGUUGCGUUGUCAGGUCGGGACAUCUGCGGUUGUGCAGCGACAGGCACAGGCAAGACUGCGGCAUAUAUGCUGCCCUCUCUGGAGCGACUGCUUUAUCGCCCUCGGGACGGAACUGCAGUUACGAGGGUCCUGGUGCUAGUGCCCACAAGAGAGUUAGGUGUCCAGGUGUAUCAAGUUACCAGACAAUUGGCUCAGUUUACCAACAUAGAAGUGGGACUGGCCGUCGGUGGGCUGGACCUCAAGACACAGGAGUCUGUGUUACGUAGGAGUCCCGACAUAGUCAUUGCCACCCCUGGUAGACUCAUUGAUCACCUUAAAAACACACCUUCUUUCUCUUUGGACUCAGUGGAAAUUCUGAUUCUGGAUGAGGCAGACAGAAUGCUGGAUGAAUACUUCCAAGAACAGAUGACAGAGAUCAUCAAGCAGUGUGCCAGGUCACGUCAGACGUUGCUGUUCUCCGCCACCAUGACUGACGCUGUAAAUGAUCUGGCAACCGUAUCUCUCAACAAACCUGUCAAAGUGUUUGUCGAUAAUAACCAAGAUGUUGCGUUCAACUUGCGUCAAGAGUUUGUGAAGAUCCGCAAGGAGAAGGAGGCAGACAGAGAAGCGUUGUUGGCAGCAUUGGUGUGUCGAACAUUCCACAACCAUACGAUGGUGUUUGUCACCACCAAGAAACAAGCACACAGAAUACACAUCCUUCUCGGCCUGCUGGGCGUCAAGGUGGGAGAGCUCCACGGGAAUCUGACUCAGCCGCAGAGAUUGGAGGCUCUACGCAGGUUUAAGGAUGAGGAGGUGGAUAUCCUAGUGGCGACAGACGUAGCAGCUCGUGGUCUGGACAUCCGAGGAGUCAAAACUGUAAUAAACUUCAUGCUGCCGUCCACUUUGGAGCACUACAUUCAUCGUGUUGGACGGACAGCUCGUGCAGGCCGUGCGGGAGUCUCUGUCAGCCUGGCCGGCGAGAACGAGCGCAAACUCGUCAAACAAAUUGUCAAACGAGCUCGGCACCCUGUCAAGAGCCGAGUCAUACCAUCAGAGAUUGUGGACAAAUACCGCAAGAAGGUGAGCAAACUUGAGGAUGAGAUCAACAAGAUCCUCCACGAGGAGUGGGAGGAGCGAGUUAUGCAGAGAACCGAGAACCAAGCAAACCGAGCAGAGAAGAUCCUGCAGGGAGGGGGAACAGCGGCAGACAUGCCUCGGACAUGGUUCCAGACACACAAGCAGCGGGAGGAGGAGAAAGAGAGGUUAAGGCUGACUGAAGGGAAGAAAGAACCAGGGAAAAAACAAAAAGAUACCAAGUCAGAUAAAAAUGAGGAGAAAGCGCCAAAUGAAGUGCCAGAGGGUCCUCGGGAGAGAAAGAAGAAGAAGAAGCAUGUGGAUACACCGGAAGAGCGAGUUAACAAAGAGAUGGAGAAGGUCAUGUUACUCCAAGCUCGACUCGCCAAACAGAAACGGAAAACUAAGAAACUACGAGCUGUUGUGGAUUCUACAUACAGCGGACCACAGGGUGCCAAAAAACGUAAGCAGUCAUCCUUUGAACAUGACCUCACAGACACCAGCAAGAAUAAAGUCAAGAGGCUGCGAUAUGAGGCAAAUUCACACAGUAAACAAGAAAAGUUUGGCAAGAAAAACCAGAAGUUUCAGAAGGGAAAAGGAUUUUCAAAUAAAACAACGUUUAAAAAGAAAAAGUGACUGUAAAUAUGUUUUGAAAAUAAAAACUAUUCUUGUUAAGGCAUGUUUACUAAUAAAAUUCAUUUAAA